ACGACUACAAGGAGUUUGGUGUCAACUGUGAGAAGAUGGCAUCCGAGAUCGAAGAUCAUAUCUUCCAGGAGCUGAAGAGCACAGACAUGAAGUAUCGCAACCGGGUGCGGAGCAGGAUCAGCAACCUGAAGGACCCCAAAAACCCCGGCCUGCGGAGGAACGUGCUCUGUGGGGCCAUCCCACCCAGCCUCAUCGCCCGCAUGACGGCCGAGGAGAUGGCCAGCGAUGAGCUGAAGGAGCUGAGGAACGCCAUGACUCAGGAGGCCAUCCGGGAGCACCAGAUGGCCAAGACGGGCGGCACCGUCACCGACCUCUUCCAGUGCGGCAAGUGCAAGAAGAAGAACUGCACCUACAACCAGGUGCAGACGCGCAGCGCAGAUGAGCCCAUGACCACAUUCGUGCUGUGCAAUGAAUGUGGGAACCGCUGGAAGGUCUGUGCCCACCAAGGGGGAUCUGGGUACCCCAACCCAUCCCUGGGGGGUGGCAGAGCCCCCCAAAAUGGUGCCACGAGGCUGGGUGAGGCCUCACCGCUCGCCCUGGGCUCUGCUUCUCCCGCAGUUCUGCUGACGGCGCCCAGCGAUGGGGCUGGAGGGGACGUGGUGCCAGGGACGCUGUGA